AUGGCACCCGCAGCAACCUCCGGCGGCAAGAAGCAGAAGAAGAAGUGGUCCAAGGGCAAAGUCAAGGACAAGUCCAACCACGCCGUUGUCCUCGACAAGGCCACCUCCGAGAAGCUCUACAAGGAUGUGCAAUCCUACCGUCUCAUCACCGUCGCCACCCUCGUCGAUAGACUGAAGAUCAACGGCAGCUUGGCCCGGGAGGCCCUCGCCGAUCUGGAGGAGAAGGGUCAGAUCAAGAAGGUUGUUGGUCACUCGAAGAUGAACAUCUACACCCGCGCCGUUACCGCAGCCGAGUAA